CAUAGCUUCAGCUCUCACAGUCACAACAGGGGACAAUUAACAGACACGUGCAACUACACUAAAUAGAUGGAACGAGGAAGAGGAGGGACUCUGAAGAUUCUGUUCCUGUUGACACUCUGUCUGCAAGCCUUCACUGGUCAAUGCCAAGAUUCAGGGCAUCCCUCUGAUCUGAGGAUAGUUCUGGUGGGGAAGACUGGAUCAGGGAAGAGCGCAACAGGAAACACCAUCCUGGGGAGAAAGAUGGGGGGGUUUAAAGUAGACUUCACCGCUGGGUCUGUCACUGUUCACUGUGAGAAACAGAGUGGGGAGGUGGAUGGGAGGAAGAUUGAUGUCAUCGACACCCCGGGGCUCUAUGACACAAAACGGUCUAAAGAAGAGAUGAAAAGUGAAAUAGAAAAGUCUAUCUACAUGUCAGUCCCAGGACCUCACGCCUUCCUGCUGGUGAUCAGACUGGGGAGGUUCACAGAGGAGGAGCAGAACACUGUGAAGUGGAUCCAGGAGAACUUUGGAGAAGAAGCCUUAAAGUACACCAUCAUUCUGUUCACCGGAGGAGACCAGCUGGAGGACAAACCAUUGGUGGACUUUCUGAAUACGAGUGAGGAGCUUAUGAAACUCAUCAAUGUCUUUAAGGGCAGAAAUCAUGUCUUCAAUAAUAAAGAGAAGAAUGACAACACUCAGGUCCCAGAGCUGCUGAAGAAGAUAGAUGAGAUGGUGAUGAAGAAUGGAGGACAACACUACACCAAUGAGAUAUACCAGGAGGUUCAGAGGAAGAUCGAAGAGGAGGAGGUGAGGAAGAAACAGGAGAAGAAGGAGAGAGAGGAGGAGGAGAUCAGAAAACUGGUAGAGAAGGCGAGAGAGGAGGAAAGGAAGAGACAGGAGGCGAAGAAGAAACAGGAGGAGGAGAUCAGAAAACGGGUAGAGAAGGCGAGAAAGGUAAGGAAGAGACAGAAGGAGAUCAGGAAGAAGGAAGAGGAGAGACUGAAAAGGUUAAAGGACAUAUCAGGAAAACUUGUUGGACUGUUAGCAACUGGUGUCACAGCGCUGGUUUCAGGACCAGCAGCUAUUGCAGUUGGAGGUGCUGUACUUGCAAAAGAGGCAGUUGAAUGUGCAUUUGAUUAUUUCACAAUAUUCCAAUUAAGUAAAAAUGAGGAAGAGGUGGCAGUGUGAAGUACCACUCUCUUCCUCAUCUUAAUGUCAAGUAGCAGCAGUAGAAUAUAUUAAUCCUGUACAAUGACAACCAUCAGGGAUUGUUCAUCACUUUAUAAUAUGAUCAGUUAUUUAACAUGUUUAUUACUACACUCCUUCCAUGGUCUGUGUUCUCCCUCUACCCUCCCUCCCUGGUCGGUGUUCUCCCUCUAUCCCCCCUCCCUGGUCGGUGUUCUCCCUCUACCCUCCCUCCCUGGUCUGUGUUCUCCCUUUACCCUCCCUCCCUAGUCUGUGUUCUCUCUCUACUCUCCCUCCUGGUCUGUUUUCUCCAUCUACCCUCCCUCUACCCCCCCUCCUGGUCUGUUUUCUCCAUCUACCCUCCCUCUACCCUCCCUCCUGGUCUGUUUUCUCCAUCUACCCUCCCUCUACCCUCCCUCCCUGGUCUGUUUUCUCCAUCUACCCUCCCUCUACCCUCCCUCCCUGGUCCGUUGUCUCCCUCUACCCUCCCUCCCUGGUCCGUGUUCUCCCUCUACCCUCUCUCUACCCUCCCUCCCUGGUCUGUGUUCUCCCUCUAUCCUCCCUCCCUGGUCUGUGUUCUCCCUCUACCCUCCCUCCCUGGUCUGUGUUCUCCCUCUACCCUCCCUGGUCUGUGUUCUCCCUCUACUGUCGUGGAAUUAUCAGAAUAUGUUGGUAACAUUUGUAAGAUGUUUAAUAUUCAUCAAAUGUGUGUAAGUUACUUCUCAUAAGAAUGUAUUUUGUUGUACUAUAGUGGUAGCCAUUGGCAGUUAUCUGUUCUAUGUCAGGACUAAGUUGCAUGGGCCACAUGAGAGGGGAGAGGUCAAAGUGUCAUCAUGUGUAAACAUAUCUUAUACUCCCUAACUUUCCCAGUGGGGAAAGGAGGGGUUGCAGUGUCUGGAAUCAUUCUAUGCUCCCUCUUUGUUGACCUGUAGGGUCACUCUCCUAUCCGUGAGUUUGUCCAGGAGUUUGUGUUUAGAGUGGUUGUAUCUAAAUGACAAUUUGAUAUAUGCCUGUUGAUAUGGAGGAUUUGGUUUAUGGAAGGAGACAAAGCUGAACGAUGAAUUAUGUCUAUGCUGUCUGACUAUGGGUGUCUUUGCUAUUAAAGGAACUCAGUUGCAUUGUAAGGGGACUCUCAGAAAAUUCACUGGGGAGACACUGAAUUUAUCUGAGAGUCACAGGAUUGUGAUAAGAGCUCAUAUAAUUAAAGAUGGACUUUUAUAACUAA